CUAAAAUAAAAAAUUUACAAAAAAAAGCAACAUUCAUAAAGUAAAUCCAACGCGAAUUUGAAGAAUGUUAAAAAUUCUGCCCUUAGCCAAUCUUAGCAAUCAGCCGAAAGCAAAAUGUGGCGAAAUCUUUUGUCACAGCUCCAGCGACUUCACCAUCUACUGCACCUUCUGCGAAAUGAAAGCCUUUACGUUCGAGGAUUUCCUGUUGCACGUAAAAAAUGUUCACUUCGAAAAUAAUAUUUUAAAAACGGAAACCUUCACCAACGAGUGUAAUCAGUAUUUUGAGGUGAAUGUUAAGGCAGAAGCCACAGACAACCUGGCUGGUGAGCAGUUGCAUGAAGAGGAAGUGUUGUGGGAUAAUUUGGAACAAACAUAUGAUGAGGCUGAUGAUCUGGGUCAUGAUGACUAUGAGGAGGAUGAUGUCAAUGACAGCUUUGAGGAUGAAACAGUGACGGUAUUAAAGAAAACUAAAAAACAAAUAAGAGCGAAAAAACAAAAACGCGUGAAACCGAAGAGCGACAUUGAAAGUGGAGAUGAUGAGGACAACGAUCAUAGUUCUGAUGAGGAUUUCAAACCCAUGUUGAAUGACAAAGUCUCCACCGCUGGCGGCCAGGAGGAUGAGAAACCCUUUCAAUGUACAGAAUGCAGCAAAGCCUUUAAAAACCUGGGUCUUUUGAAAAUACAUCACACCCGCAUUCAUGAGGAAAAAUCGGCCGAAAGUUUAGAGAAGAAAGAAAAAGAAGACAAGGAACAAUUAUGUCCGGAAUGCGAGCAAAUAUUUCCCAACAAAAAGUAUCUGGAUAAGCAUGUUUUCGAGGUUCAUGAAGGUUACAAAUGUGCACAUUGUGAUAAGCGUUUCAAACAGCGGCAUCAACGCAAGCGCCAUGAACAGUGUCACACCGCAGAAAGAGUAUUUACCUGCCAUUUUGAGGGUUGCGGCAAAAGUUUCACAGAGAAAUACUAUCUCAAGCGUCACGUUGACAUACACACCACGGAACGCAAUUUCAUUUGUGAUUUUGAGAAUUGCGGCAAGGCCUUCCAUACCCAACGACGUCUGUCGGCUCAUAAGAAAAUCCAUACGAAACCGAAAAAUUUGGUCUGCGAUGCUUGCGGCUACACCUGCCGCGAGAAUGAGACGCUGCGUGUGCACCAACGUGUGCACACCGGCGAAAAACCCUAUGCCUGUGAGGUAUGCGAUAAACGUUUCAUAUCCAGCUCGGCCUUAGGCGAGCACAUGGCCUCUCAUUCCAAUACCCGUCCUCAUGUCUGUAAAGUUUGCAAUGCUUCGUUUGCCCGGCAAAAAGCCCUUUACCAUCAUAGUUUUCUCCACUCAGACGUUAAGAAAUUUCGUUGUAAAAUAUGUGGCAGUGCCUACAAGCAGGCUUCCGGUUUGGCCGGUCACAUGCGUAAACAUCGUGAAGAGGGCAUGAUGUCUAUGUUGCCCGAACGACCCACAAUUUCAACAGCUCCCAUACCGCCACCCAACGUUAUUAGUGUGCCACCUUCGUAUCCUUUUAUGUCAUUUUAGUUUAGUUACUUAAAAUACAAUGGUAGAAUUAUUAUUUUAGUUUUAGUAUCUGUAUAUAUACAUACGUUGUUCUAUUUACCUUAUACCGUGUAUAUUGUGUUUUUAUGUAUCAUUUUUUUUACAUAAUUUGAGCAAUAAUAAAAGAAAUUUAAUAAUA